GAAGCUGUGAAGAAAAUGUCCAAGCAGACAGAUGCCUCUAUAUCAGUGGGAACAGAGAGCAACAGCAGACCCUGUGGCGGAUGUGACAAGGUUGCGGUAAAGAACAGAUAUGCUGAUUGUGGGCAAGAAAGCUGUAAGGCUUUUCACAGACUGCCGCAAAGCCCAUUUCUCUCUCCAAGUUCAGCUCUAUACAGACACCAGAGGAGCGCUGCGUCGAGAUGCACGAGCACCCUUUCCUGCAAAGACGACAGGAGUUACUACAUAACCACUCCCAUCUUCUAUGUCAAUGCUUCUCCUCAUUUAGGACACUUGUAUUCAGCUGUGAUAGCUGACUGCUUACACAGGUAUAAGCUGCUCCAGGGCUUCAACUCAAAGUUUGGAACAGGCACAGACGAACAUGGCUUGAAAAUCCAACAAGCUGCUGAAGCUGCAGGAAAAGAUCCCCUGAACUUCUGCACCGAUGUGUCUGAGAGAUUCAAACAUCUCUUCAACAGCUGCAACAUAUCGUAUACAGACUACAUAAGAACUACUGAGCAGAGACACCAUCAGGCUGUGAAGCAUUUCUGGUCCGUGCUCUGGAACAAAGGGCUCAUCUACAAGGGGAGUUAUGAAGGCUGGUACUCAACCCAAGAUGAAAGCUUCCUCACGUCGUUGCAGGUGGGCGAUGCUCUGGACUCAUCAGGGAAGGAGAUCAAGGUAUCGCUGGAGAGUGGCCACAAGGUGGAGUGGAUGAAAGAGGAGAACUACAUGUUCCGUCUCUCUGCGUUUCGGUCUCAGCUCCUCGACUGGCUCAGAGGAAAUCCCAGGGCCAUACAGCCUGAGCUUUUCUCCCAGAUUGUCCAACAGGUUCUGCAGGAGGACCUUGCUGACCUCUCAGUCUCCCGCCAGAGAAGUCGCCUUCAGUGGGGCAUUCCUGUCCCGGGUGAUGCUGAACAAACCAUCUAUGUGUGGCUGGAUGCUCUAGUGAACUACCUCACAGUAGCUGGCUAUCCAGAUAAACACGACCAAUGGUGGAACGUGGCCCACCACAUUGUCGGAAAGGACAUCUUAAAAUUUCAUGCCAUCUACUGGCCAGCUUUCCUUCUCGGGGCUGGACUGCCGCUGCCACAGACGAUAUAUGUGCACUCACACUGGACAUCAGGAGGAAAGAAGAUGUCUAAAAGUGUGGGUAAUGUGGUGGAUCCUGUUGAAUGCUCACAGAAGUUCACAAUUGAUGGUAUAAGGUACUUUCUUCUGCGUCAGUGUAUCCCAGAGUCAGACUCUGAUUACACAGACGACAAAGUUAGGAAGCUGCUCAACGCAGAGCUCGCUGACACUCUGGGUGGUCUUCUGAACCGCUGCACAGCUCCAGCUCUUAACCCAGCUCAGGUCUACCCCGCCUUCUGCCCACAGUCCUUCCCAUAUGAACAGGGAGGCAGGGCUGUGGUGGAAGACUAUCACAUGUUGGAUUCUGUGAAAAACCUCCCUGCUGUGGUGGAGCAGCACUAUGAGAGCAUGCAUGUAUACAAAGCUCUGGAGGCCAUCAUCGCCUGUGUGAGGAAGACCAAUGGGUUUGUUCAACGCCAUGCUCCUUGGAAGCUAGAUAGGAGGGACAGUGAAGACCAGCGUUGGCUCGACACGAUCCUCCAUGUCUCCUUUGAAUGUCUGAGGAUUUAUGGCACACUUCUCCAGCCAAUAGUGCCAGGGAUUUCUAACAUCCUGCUGUCCAGACUCGGGGUGCAACCAGGCGAGAGGAGCUUGGCAGAUGUGAACUUCCUGCCGAGGCAUCAGGGAAUGGACUGUCCCUUUGAAGGGAGAGCGCUAGGAUCUGACUCUGGAGUGCUUUUUACUCGCUUGGAAAAUCCAAAUUUAGAUAAACAAAGCCCUAAGAAAACAAAAAAGGCUGACAAAUUGAAAUGAGGAAUGGUUUUGUUUCUUGUAAGGAUUCAAUCAAUAAAGAAAUAAAACGACUGUUUUCACCUAA